UACAGUUACCCCUUCAUUCCUACUGCUACUGUCUGCGUCUCAAAUCUGGCCACACUGAUUGUCCUUUAAACAGCACGAAUCGCACGCUUCAUUAGCACAAUGGCAGGUUCGGCGCUUAGACGAUUGAUGGCUGAGUACAAACAGCUAACCUUAAAUCCACCAGAAGGGAUCAUCGCUGGCCCGAUUAACGAGGAAAACUUCUUCGAAUGGGAGGCACUUAUCACCGGACCAGAGGGAACAUGCUUUGAAGGUGGAGUGUUUCCGGCGAAAUUAAUAUUUCCGCCAGAUUAUCCAUUGAGCCCACCAAAGAUGCAGUUCACCUGUGAGAUGUUUCAUCCUAACAUUUAUGCAGAUGGACGAGUCUGCAUAAGCAUAUUGCAUGCACCUGGUGACGACCCAAUGGGUUACGAAAGCAGUGCGGAAAGGUGGAGCCCGGUGCAAAGCGUGGAGAAAAUAUUGUUGAGCGUAGUAAGUAUGCUGGCGGAACCAAAUGACGAAAGCGGUGCGAAUGUGGACGCAGCCAAGAUGUGGAGAGAGGAUCGUAGCGAGUUUGAGAGGAUAGCGCAGAAGUUGGUGAGAAAGACUCUAGGUAUUCCACCUUAAAGUAGAACGUAUAUUAUCUGUUAAAAAAAAGACAAAAAAAAAGAGAAAAAAGAAAGAAAGAAAGAAAAAAAGGCAAAUUGGAACAAUGGUUAUUGUUAAUUCGAUGUCGCUCGAUGAAUGACAUGUAUGGAGGAAUAAAUUUUUAUCUGUACAGUAAACGAA